AUCUAGUAUAAUCCGUCCGCAACCGUUCUCUGCCUUCUCCAUCCUAAACCCUCCUAGUCCUCUCCAUCCCCAUCCCCUCCAAUGGCGGCGACUGCCACGUCCUUCGCCACUCUCGCCGUCGCGCGCUCGGCAGGGCAGCGGUUCCUCCUUGCCUCCAAGGCCGCCCCCUCGCCGCUCCUCUCCCUCCGCGGCGCCCGCCUCCCCUCGCAGGGCGUCUCCUUAUCUGGGGGCCUCGCGGCGUCGCCCUCUCAUAGCCGCGCGCGCUUCGCCACAUCAGCCAGCGCCGAACCCAAGGAAGCAGAACUUCAGUCUAAAAUCACAAACAAGGUGUACUUUGACAUAAGCAUUGGGAACCCUGUGGGCAAGAAUGUUGGGAGGAUCGUCAUCGGCUUGUACGGGGAUGAUGUUCCACAGACAACAGAGAACUUCCGUGCUCUUUGCACUGGAGAGAAAGGGUUUGGAUACAAGGGAUCCAGUUUCCAUCGUGUCAUCAGCGACUUUAUGAUUCAGGGUGGAGAUUUUGACAAGGGCAAUGGUACCGGUGGGAAGAGCAUAUAUGGACGCACCUUCAAAGAUGAGAACUUCAAAUUGGUUCACACUGGACCUGGAGUGGUCAGCAUGGCUAAUGCUGGGCCGAACACCAAUGGCAGCCAGUUCUUUAUUUGCACUGUCAAGACACCUUGGUUGGACGGAAGGCAUGUCGUGUUUGGCCAGGUCCUGGAAGGGAUGGAUGUCGUAAGUCUGAUCGAGUCGCAGGAGACCGACAGAGGUGACCGCCCGAAGAAGAAAGUAGUCAUCAGCGAGUGUGGGGAGCUUCCAGUGGUCUAAGUGUUACUCAUCUGUUGUCGGUCUUACCUAACCUCGGAUGGAUGGCGAUAUUUCCCCCACCUGAACUUGUCGUGCUACCCUCCCCCCCCCCCCCCCCCCCCACCCCCACCCUGCUAGUUAUAGAGAAUAUUUCGAAUUGAAGUAAGGUCCCAAAUCUGAGGGCAUACUGUUGCUUCUCUGCUGGAAUAAAUGUGCUCCUUGU